UUUAGCAUUGCAGUCAUCCACAGUACAUUUUACGACCACUCCUGUUAUCGAAGCUCUUCUGUGCUACGUAUGUGCAGCGGAUAACAAGUAUGGAACAAUAUCAGUGGUAGGACCAGCUUUUGUAAACAGGGAGGUAACACUGAAAGCGACACCGUCCUAUCCUUGGGGAUGUGACGUAGAAUGGAAAUACAUAAUUGUCGGGAACACAACAUUCCAAACAAUGAAUGGGACAAAUGUUAAAAGAUAUUCUGAUGAUACGUCAUUCCUUUUAAAAUGGACGGCUUCAAUCGAAUACAACGGAUCUAAUUUCUAUGCUGGAUGCUCAACAAACGAAACAAUUCAAACAAGAAUGACAUCUAUAAAUAUGAAAGAUAUUGUUGGACAUUGUGGAGCACUCGUUCUUCUAGGUCCGAUUGUUCGCGGCGGGAACGUCAAACUUGGAUAUUUUCCGUCUGACUCUUUUAUACAACACCAAACUAACACUACCAGAAAAUGGAAGAAAUACCUUCAGGACAUUGAGAUACAAGAAGGUUCUUAUGAAGAGAAAAUCGUUUCUGAUUUUUUGUACAUAUUGACUAUAUUUAAAUUCGAAGAAAGAAAUGAAGGGACGUAUAUUUUAAAUUGUUAUUCAUCGUACAAUACUGAUUCUGUGCAGCUUCAUAUUCCAGAGAUUCCGGUUUACCCAGUUCUUGGUCCAAAAUCCCCCGACUUUAAUACAACAGAAUGUAUCUAUGUUUAUGCUGGCUCUGACUUUUAUUGCAAAACUGAAUUUGGAACCGAACCAGUAGAGGUCGUACUUUUACUUGGCAAUGAUUCAUUUGUCCUUUCUGAAAGCGACGGGAACAAAGGUUUUUAACGAUACCAAAACGUUUGUCAACAAAUAGCCGGAAUGUCUAGACGGAAUGUUAUCUGUCAGGUUUCUUAUAAAGCCCAUGACACGCCUGACGUAGCGCACGGUUCAUUAUGUAGCGUAGAGACAGGUAGCCUGCCUGUUCUAACAGUUCCUGAAUUACUUCAUGGAGAAAACUCUACACUUAUCUGUGAAGUGCGAAAUGCUAUCCCAGCUCCGAUAAUAGAAAUACACGUUGGCAAUGUCUUGCACGGUGAUGUUCAACAAACUGAUACAUUUAAUGAAUCAUCUCAUACUUUUACAAGUUCAGCAAAGGUGACAAAGGCUAACACAUUGUGGAAUGGAAAAGAGAUGUGCUGCACCAUGAAAAGCAGAUAUGAUUUUGGUCAAAAACAAGUCUCAGUAUGCAAAAAUAUAAGUAUGAAAUAUCCGCCGUCGGACCUUUCGAUGUCCGUAAACAAAAAUAUUGAAAAUAACAAAAAAAAAUCUGGCUGUUACUUAAACAUGUCUUGUCAAACGAGUAAAUCAAAUCCGCCUUGCGCAAUUGAAUGGUCAAGUGACAACGAUUAUUUGAGAUACGUUCAUAGCAGCAACUGGGCGAAUGCUGACAGUGGGAAUUAUCGUUCUGUUUCCAACGUGCUUUACAAUGUCACAAAUGAUAUGGCUGGAGGAACAAUUACAUGUUCAACAAGAUGCAAUCAUUUUACAUCUAAUGUAAAUAAAAACUAUGAGUUAUCUUGUUCGGAUAUCCCUUUAUGUCUUUUUAUGGAGACAUCUAUUGUGAAAGAAAGCAAUCCUGAAUUUCUUAACUUAACGUUCAAUACUGGUCCAACAUGCAUGCCUUGUGCAAUAUCAUGGACCACAAACUUCGUCUUUCUUCACCCAAUAUCGAUAUCGCAAUGGACAAAGAACAGUGGUCUGGGCAUUAUAAGUGUUUCAAAUGCUCUAUUCCUCCUAACAAAAGAUGUGGACGGGAAACGGAUACAGUGUUCUGCAAAGUGUGGGAACGAUUCAUCUGAUAUAAUACAUGAAACAUACACUAUUGUGUUUGAGGCUUUUCAAGAAGCAGCUACCAACCCUGCAUCCGUUGUAGCCCUACAGUUUCACGUAUCGGUCCUUUACGCGUUAUCUGGAACCAUUUUACUUUUAUUCAUAACAAAGUUGGCCUUGCUUCUAUUUCGUCGAUGCAAAUCUCAGGCGUAUGAAAUGUUUCUACGCCGAAGAAAAACUGCAUAUAGCGACCCAAGCAGCCAUGUGUACGACGCUGUUCAGUCUACUGCUGAGGCAACGAUGCUUCACGAUAUACUCGAUUUGGCUGCGACUAUGCAACCAGGAACCAGUAUGGAACGAUAUCAGAAGUAGGGCCAGAAAUAUGAACAGGAAGCUCUAUUUGGCUACAUAUCGGCUGCCAGUAACCAUUAUGGAACAAUAUCAGUGGUAGGACCAGCCUUUGUGAACAGGGAGGUAACACUGAAAGCGACACCGUUCUACCCUUGGGGAUGUCACGUAGAAUGGAAAUACAUUAUUGACGGACAAACACAAGUUCGAACCAUGGAUGUUGACUUUGCUAAAAGAUAUUCGGAGGAUGAAUCAUUCUUUUUGAAAUGGAAGGCUACAGUUGCAUACAACAAAUCUGUCUUCUACGCCAGAUGUUCAACAAACACAACGAUUAAAACAAACAUUGUAUCUUUAAAUAUGACACGUAAAAUAUCGAAAAAAUGAUUUUAGUCAGUUAGCCAAAUGAUGAAGAUAAACAUAUUAAUACAGAUAUAAAGACUGUGCAUUUCAUUUUUGUUUCCUCCAUUUGUUGUUAUUUAGGUUUUUACUCAUUAAAUCCUGCUAACACAGUCAUGGCAGGUUGCUGUUUUACUGGGCCUGUUUAUGUACUUUAUAUUUUACUAUCAUUUACUUAAAAUACAAGACAAUGUAAAUGGUAAUAAGCUAAAUAUGCAAAGAAAAUAAGAUCUUUGUCGAAUUAAUCAGUUCAAAUCCAUUAACUUCAAUUGUCUUAGAAACUCUUUUAAACAUGUAUUUCUAACGUCUAAUAUACAGAUAUUGUUGGACAAUGUGGAACUCUCGUGCUUUUAAACCCAGUUGUUCAAGGCGCGGAUGUCAGUAUAGGAUACUUUCCGUCUGACCUUUCUAUAUGGUAUAAAACUUUCCUUACACGAACAUGGAAGAAGAACAGCAAAGAGAUACAGCUACGCGAAGGCUAUUACGUAGAGGAAACAGUAUCUGCAUAUCAGUACACAUUAACGGUACUCAACUUUGAUCACAGAGAUGAGGGAUCAUCUAUUUUAGAAUGCAAUUCAACAGAAACCACGGACUAUGUGCUGCUUUAUAUUCCAGGGCGACCGAAUUAUCCAGUUCUCGGUCCAAAAUUCCCAGACUUUAACACAACAGAAUGCAUUUAUGUUUAUACAGGCUCCGACAUGCAUUGCAUAACAAAAAAAGGAGCAAACCCCGUACAGGUCGAACUUUUACUGGGUCAGAAGUCAUUUGUUCUUGCUGAAAGCAAAGAGAUCAAAGGGUUUUACCGAUUCCAUAACGUUACUCAACAAAUGGCUGGACAGUCAAGACAGAAUGUGACAUGCCUCGUUUCAAAUGCAGCUCUUGUAACACCCUACGACGUACAUGGCGUUCUCUGUAACGUAGAGAAAGGUAGCCCACCCAUGUUAACAGUUCCCGAAUUCCUUGAUGGAGAAAGUUCGACAGCAAUCUGUGAAGUGCACAAUGCUUUCCCAGCCCCGGCAAUAGAAAUACGCGUUAGCACAUUUUUGCUACCAGAUGUUCAACAAACAGAUUCAUUUAAUAGAUCUUCUAAUACUUUUACAAGCCGUGCAAAGGUAACAAAGACUAAUAAGAGGUGGAAUAGAAAAGAAAUGUGUUGCACCAGGGAUAGUAAACAUGAUUUCGGUUUGACAAAAAUGUCAACAUGCGUAAACAUCAGUAUAAAAUAUCCCCCGUCGGAUCUUUUCAUAUUCGUCAAUAAAAUGUAUGAAAAUAGCAACAAUGUUUCCGUCUGUUUCUUAAACGUGUCUUGUGAAACGGAUGCAUCAAAUCCGCCUUGCACAAUUGAAUGGUCAAGUGACAAAGAUGAAAUAAGAUACCUUCAUAACAACAACUGGACGAAUGGUGAAAAUGGGAGUUUCCGAUCUGUUUCCAACGUGCUCUUCAAUGUCACUAAAGACAUGGCUGGUGGAACUAUUACAUGUUCAACACGAUGCGAUCAUUUCCCAUUGCAUUUAAAUGCAAGCUAUAAAAUAUCGUUUUCUGGAAGUCAACCCCAUGAUAAUGACAAUCAGACAUUUACUUCAACAUCCCGAUUUCCUGUCAAAAAGGUUCUUAUUGGAACAGCCAUUUUCUGUGGACUCUUGUUUAUAAUCGGAAUCGGAAGAUGUGUAUAUCUUAAACGGCAAAAGAUUAGCGCAGUCAACAUAACCGAAAAUGUUGAAAAUCACAGCGUCCCCUCGUCGGACAAUGGUGUGCUACACAUAACAACAGAAGGAGUCCAGUACGCAGUCGUGCAGAGACAGGCGGCCACACGGAGGACUGAAACGCAGCAACCACAUGAUGACGACAGCCUAACGUACGCCGAGUUGGACAUCAAUUUCCUACAAGAGGCUAACGCAAGAGUUUCGUUAAGGAGAUAUAAUAUGCCGACGGAGUAUGCUGACAUUGAGUUCUCCUCAACACAGGAACCUGAAAUAGAAGAGUGUGCGUGCCAAAAUGCAUCAGACGAGUGUAAAACUAGAUAAAAAACCAAACUAUGUGUUCCUGAGUGUCUUCAGUGACUUGAAGCUUUUACCCUUAUAAAUUAGAAGGCAUAACAAAUCCUCAAAUAUACAUUGGUUUCUGUUUUACUGCCCGAAUUCUUGCAAGGAAAAAUGAUACGCCGACGGAGUAUGCUGAGUUUUCCUCAACACAUAUAUCUGCUUAAGAAGAUCAUUUUACCACAAUACAUCAGCGAAGAUCUAGAUAAAAGACAAACCAAUCUAACAUAAAUUUACUUAUUGUAUUGUUUCUUUAUUGUAGUGCCUAUGAUUAUGUUUAUGCUUGUACAUUUUAUUUUGAACAGAAAGGAAUAUUUUAGAAACAAAGAACAAUUAAUCAAAAACAAAAUGAAAAUAUUUAUAAUAUAUAGAAUACUGAGACUUUGAUUGUUGAUUUAACAAUUGAUUUAUUCGGCACUAAGAGUGGACUUGUAUACAUGUACUUUUUGAAUGGCAGUUUUUCUCUUAUUCAUAUUAAGACAUUAUAAUUACUGAAACAUUGUUUGGUUACUGAAUUUAUUCCCUGAAUUGACAUUCAUAGAACAGGUAUACACUAUUGUUUGUCAGGCAAACAAAGCAUUAGGUUGCAAUCAUUUCAAGCAAUUCACUUCAUAUUAUCACUAAUUUAUUUAUAACAACAGGUUAAUAUUUGUGUUCUUUUAUACAUAUUUCGUUUAGAUAUACGAGCCUAAAUCAUUCCACUAUAUACGAGAGCACAGCUUUUUAAAAGUGUAACCGUUAUUCAUAAAAGGUACUUUUCUUCUUCAUUGUUACUAUUCUUUUCUCUACAAUGCUUUUUUCAGGAAAGGUAUGUGACGAUGAUAUCAACCAUUAUUAUCUUCCCUCACAUAUUUUAUUUAAAAUUGAAUGACUUCUAACAGCAAUAGAAUAUGCAUUUGAUAGCCAUUAGUUUGGCAAUGACUCACAAUGAAAUUAAGAAUGUUGUUCUCUCAAUCAUACUCCGUUGGAAACGUUCGUUGGAAUUCACCACAAACCGAAAGUGUCAGUUGUCCUCCCAAAAACACGUGGACGUUCGUGUUAAUAAGCAAAACUUUUAUCACCUGUAUGUAUAUAGCUUGUCAUUAUUUUUAUUAUUCAUUAUAUACUUGUGUUUUUGAAUUCCCGAAGUUUUGUAACAAUGUAUUCAUUGGAUUAAGUUAAGUUUAAAUUCAUUUUUGUAAUUUUGCUCCCAAUUCCUACUUUUUGGGUUAAGAUGUUUACAGUAAAUUUUAAUCUUUUUUAUGUUCCCUGAUUUUAUCCACAGAGUAAGUAGGUGUAUGCUAUGUUAUGGCAUUGAAUUUUUGCGCCAGUUUUCCAGUCAUUAGGAAACUAAGGAUAUGUGCGUGGUAUUAAAGAAAAUCACUUCCAUGUUUGAUAAAUGUUACAUCCUUGUCAUACCACUUUUUUUAUUUAAAUACUUUGUUAAUGGUUAUUUUUAGUUUGCUGUUGCUCCAUAUGAUUUCUUAUAAUAUUAUCGCAGCUGUUUUUACAAUUAAUGUAUAGUACCCAUGAUUGUAUUAUAGUCAUUGAUUUAUUGAAGUGGAAGAAUAUUUUGUUCAAUAUAUUUUGGUAUCAGAUUUUUAUAAAUACUUAACAAAUGCUUGUAUUUUUGUCUUGAUAUGUUGAGUAAUGAGCCGGUAUAAUUAAUAUUGUUUGAAAUUGAUUUGUACAUAUUAUCAUUGUAAUUAUGCAUAAGAGUUAUCAAAUUAUAUGAUUUAAUUCACAUCCACCUACUAUUUUGCAUCAUAUGACUUGCAUUGCAUGUAUCUUUGGUCAUAAUGA